GAGAAGAGGCUGAUCCCGCCCCAAGCCGACCCAACUCGCCUCGUGGGCGUUUUUGAACCAACGAGGCCUUUGGCGAAACCAACAAGGAAAAAAGGCAACGACGUGCCCAAAUCAAUGGCCGCUGCUUCUCCUCCUCUCCCCUUCUCUUAAAUCCCUCAAUCCACACCCCUCUGCCAUUUCUUCUCCACCACCAAACAGCCCCCUCCCCACUUCAAUUUCCUCCUCUCCAUCUUUCAUUCUUUCUUUGUUUCGGCUUCGGCGUGAUCUAGGGUUUCGAUCGAGAAGAGGAGGGGAGGGAAUGGGGGAGCCCAAGAACCGGUGGACGUGGGACCUGCCGGGGUUCGAGCCGAGGAAGCCGGACGAGGGGGGCGAGGACCGGGGGUACCGCCCCCCGGUACGGCGGCUCUCCGUCUCCCAGUCGUCUCUGGCGCCCCGGGCGGACCAACCCAAGAGGCUCAUCGCCGUUCGGCUUCAGAAGUUGAAGAACCAGCUCAAGCAUGCUCGAGAGGAUUACUUGGAACUGAGGCAGGAAGCCGCUGAUCUUAGAGAGUAUUCUAAUGCCAAACUUGAUCGAGUUACUCGCUAUCUGGGCGUACUUGCAGACAGGGCUAGGAAAUUAGAUCAAGCUGCUUUUGAAAGUGAGGCUAGAAUUACACCUUUAAUCAAUGAGAAGAAAAAACUGUUCAAUGAUUUGUUGACAGCUAAAGGAAAUGUUAAGGUAUACUGUCGUGUAAGGCCACCUUUUGAAGAUGAAGGCCCUUCCAUAAUUGAGCUUCCAGAUGACUUUACUAUCAGAGUAAACACUGGCGAUGAAUCACUUGCCAAUCCUAAAAGGGACUAUGAAUUUGAUAGGGUGUAUGGACCUCAUGUUGGACAAGGGGAAUUUUUUUGUGAUGUUCAACCAUUUGUGCAGUCAGCCUUGGAUGGAUAUAAUGUUUCUAUAUUUGCAUAUGGGCAAAGUCGUUCUGGAAAAACACAUACAAUGGAAGGAUCAAGUCAUGAGCGUGGUCUGUAUUUUCGCAGUUUUGAGGAGCUCUUUGAUCUGUCUAAUUCAGAUACUACUACAACAUCUCAGUAUACUUUCUAUGUUACUGCCUUUGAGCUUUAUAAUGAGCAGGUUCAAGAUUUGCUGGCAAAAUCUUUAAGCAGCUUACCAAGAAAUCAAUUGGAUUACCGAGAUUCAUCCUUGGAACUUACACAGGAGAAAGUAGAUAAUCCUUUAGACUUUUCUAGAGUACUUAAAGUUGCACUUCAGAAUCGAGGGACCGAUUCUUCAAAGGCCAUUAUGUCCCAUCUGAUUAUUACCAUUCAUAUUCACUAUUCAAAUUGGGUCACUAGAGAAAACUUGUAUAGCAAACUCUCUCUUGUUGAUCUACCUGGAAGUGAAAUAUUGAUGGUUAAAGAUGCUAGCGGGGAUCAUCUAACAAACUUUUUGCACGUUUCAAAAUCACUUUCUGCGUUGGGUGAUGUUUUAACAUCACUGACGACAAAGAAAGAGACUGUACCAUAUGAAAAUUCGAGGAUGACCCAAAUUCUUGCUGACUCCAUGGGUGGGAGCUCAAAGACCUUGUUGAUUGCCCAUGUCUGUUCAAAUUCUUCAAAUAUGUCUGAAACAUUGGCCACACUUAACUUUUCUUCUAGGGCAAGAAAUGCCGAACUCAGCCUUGGUAAUCGAGAUACAAUUAAGAAAUGGAAAGAUGUGGCAAAUGAUUCACGGAAGGAACUGUAUGAGAAAGAAAAAGAAGUUCUUGGCUUGAAGAAUGAAGUUAUGGGGCUAAAGGUUGCUCUUAAAGAUGCCAAUGAUCAAUGCAUUCUGCUUUUUAAUGAAGUCCAAAAAGCUUGGAAGGUUUCUUUUACACUUCAGGCAGAUUUAAAGGCAGAAAACAUAAUGCUGGUAGAGAAACAAAAAGUUGAAAAAGAUCAAAACACUCAACUUCGAAAUCAAAUUGCUCACCUAUUGCAACUGGAACAAGAACAGAAAAUGCAGAUCCAUGAACGUGAUGUUGCUAUUAGUACUUUACAGGCCAGAAUAAAGGGGAUUGAGUCUCAACUUAAUGAGGCCCUUCAAUCAAGUGAUACCAGAUCAACUAGCAGAUCUGAGACUGGGUCCACAGGGGUUGUUUCAACCCCAAAGACAGCAGAGGAUGGUGCUGACUCUUCACAGGUCAUAAAGAAACUUGAAGAAGAGCUGUCAAAGAGGGACGCACUUAUUGAGAAAUUGCAUCAAGAGAAUGAGAAGCUAUUUGACAAACUCACCGAAAAGUCAUCAUUUGGUGGAUCGCCUCAGGUGUCGAGCCCUGCUGUUGGGAGAACGGUAGACAUCCAGGGAGGAGAUCUGAACAGGGGCGAGAACAUCCGAGGACGUUCCACCAAUGCCCUUCUGUUACCUGCAUCCCAGGAUAAGAAUGAAAAUGCAGGAGCUCUUGUGAAAUCAAGUAAUGAGAAGAUAAAGACAACACCUGCUGGAGAGUAUCUUACCGCUGCACUUGCAGAUUUCGAUCCAGAUCAGUUUGAGAGCUUUGCUGCAAUAUCUGAUGGUGCUAAUAAGCUUCUGAUGCUGGUUUUGGCAGCAGUUAUCAAGGCAGGUGCUGCACGGGAACAUGAAAUACUUGCUGAAAUCAGAGAUGCUGUUUUCUCAUUCAUCCGCAAAAUGGAACCAAAGAGGGUUUUGGAUACCAUGCUAGUUUCGCGCGUUAGAAUUUUAUAUAUAAGAUCUUUGCUUGCUAGAUCACCAGAGCUGCAAACUAUCAAGGUUUCACCAGUGGAACGAUUCCUAGAGAAGGCCAAUAGUGGCCAAAGUAGAAGCUCCAGCCGUGGUAGUAGUCCUGGUAGAUCUCUAGUUCAUUAUGAUUCAAGUGCAAGGACUGUUUUAGCCGAUGAACAAAUCCAUGGCUUUAAGGUUAAUAUAAAACAAGAAAAGAAGUCUAAGUUCUCAUCCAUUGUCUUAAAGCUUCGGGGGAUUGAUCAGGAGACAUGGAGGCAGCAUGUUACUGGAGGAAAGCUCCGAGAAAUAACUGAGGAAGCCAAAUAUUUUGCAAUUGGAAAUAAAGCUCUUGCUGCACUGUUUGUUCAUACACCAGCGGGUGAGCUUCAGCGCCAAAUCCGGUCAUGGCUUGCAGAGAAUUAUGAUUUCCUGUCUGUUGCUGGUGUUGAUGCCGUUGGUGGAACAACAGCUGGCCAAUUAGAACUUCUUUCAACUGCUAUUAUGGAUGGAUGGAUGGCUGGUCUUGGUACUGCACGGCCGCCUAGUACUGAUGCUUUAGGCCAACUUUUAUCUGAGUACACCAAGCGGGUUUAUUCAUCACAGUUGCAACACCUGAAGGACAUAGCAGGUACUUUGGCAACAGAGGAAGCUGAGGACCUAGCCCAUGUCAGUAAGUUGCGCUCGGCUUUGGAAUCUGUUGAUCACAAGAGAAAGAAGAUAUUGCAGCAAAUGCGAAGUGAUACCGCAUUACUGACAAAAGAGGAAGGAGGUUCACCCAUCCGGAAUCCUUCUACAGCUGCUGAAGAUGCAAGACUGGCAUCUUUAAUAUCUUUGGAUGCCAUCUUAAAACAAGUCAAGGAAAUUUUGAGACAAACCUCCGUAAGUUCUGUUACCAAAUCAAGGAAGAAAUCAAUGCUAGCAUCUCUGGAUGAACUCUUAGAGCAGAUGCCGUCACUCCUUGAUAUUGAUCAUCCAUGUGCCAAGAAGCAAAUUACAGAGGCUCGUAAGGUUGUAGAGUUGAUACCAGAAGGAGACAGCUACGAUGAUGAAUCGCGAGCGCUACAGCCAUAUGCAGAUUCAACCUCCACCACAGAGAUUGUAUCACAAUGGAAUGUAUUGCAGUUCAAUACAGGUUCUACAGCCUCUUUCAUUGUAAAAUGUGGUGCAAACUCUAGCUCGGAGUUGGUCAUCAAAGCAGAUGCUCGUGUAGAGGAACCCAAGGGAGGUGAGAUCAUCAGAGUUGUUCCAAGGCCCUCAGUUCUAUCUGACAUGAGCUUUGAGGAUAUCAAGAAAGUGUUUGAUCAGUUGCCCGAAGCUAUUAGCUUGCUAGCCCUUGCGCGGACAGCUGAUGGCACGAGAGCCAGAUAUUCUAGAUUGUACAGGACUUUGGCCAGUAAAGUCCCGUCCCUGAAAGAUUUAGUUGCUGAGCUGGAUAAGGGAGGAAUAUUGAAAGAUGUGAGAACAUGAAUACAGCAGUAUCGGUUUAUUUCGAACUGGUGGUGCCUUUACAUAAAACUUUUUAUCCAGUCAAAAUUACCCCUUUGGUGGAGGCACCUGAUAUUGCUAAUGUUUACCUUUGUGGACUACAAGACUAUAAUCGGAAAGAGAGAAAACACCGGCUGAUGAAGUAGCUUCUCAGAGACACUACAAUAGCAAUUCCUGAUUAACCAAAAGGACAUUGUGGUGUCUCACAUGAGAUCAUGUUGUACAUCUUCAUUUUUCCUAUUCAUUGUUGCCCGGAAGACAUGAAAGGAGCAUGGAGAAUGUGAAAACAUCUGUAUUCAUCGGUAUGUAAUGUACAUGUAUUUAGCAUUUUUCUUUUCGUGUUCUUGUGUUGUGUUAUGUAGGAACGUUUUUUCUGUCAUCCUCCAUGCUUUUUGUUUCUCACUUGGACACACGAAUGCUAAAAUCAAGUGUUUGCCUUUGUUCUA